AUUAGUGCACCUUGUUAUGUAUUCGAACGAAAAACGAUCAUAGAUUAGUACGAAAAGCAAAAAAACGACGCAAAUUCGUGAAAAUAUGUUACAGCGGUGAAAGGUUUCCACGGAUUUGGCGAAAAAUAUACAAAAAUAGUUCUUAUCAGCAUCACUCGAGACACAAAAGUCAUCAAAACGACACAUAAACAAACAAAUUUCGCAGAAUUUCGGUGAGAUCAUCGCUUUUUGUGGCAUUUUCAAUACUCGGCGCACGAAAUUCAAAUGGGAAAGUCCGACGAAAUGGAUUCCGCGAGUAAAAUGUUGGCAAAUGCCUUGCAACAGAUGGAUGGCAUUAUCAAUCAGCAACAAACAUCAACCUUGGGCAGUUCUCGCUCGAAUGGAUCUCCCGACAUGUACGGCAUGACGACAGAUUACACGCAAAAUCAUUCCAUAAUUGCCGCAGCGCAAAAUCUGGCAUUCCUCCUGCAACAACAACAAAGUUCCUCUCCCACGGGAGCGAUUAGCAAUGCGUUUCCCGAUUCCGGCACGAUGGAGACGAUUAGUCAUUGGUUGGAUAAUCAACUACCGCGCCCUGACUCCGACGAACGUUAUCGCCGCCUCCAAUCCGACAAGGAAGCCUUGGCAUUGCAAGUUCAAGUCCUCAGUGAACAAGUUCAACUUCAAAACGAGAAAAUUGUUGAGAUGGAACGACUUAUUAAUGAAAAAAAUCGAUUAAUUUCCAACGCGGAGGAUCUUUUACAAAGAGAAAUUCUCUCCCGUUCGAGUCUGGAAACGCAAAAACUCGAAUUAAUGACUGCCAUGAGUGAAUUAAAGCUCCACAAUACCGCGCUCAAUCACGAAAAUCAAGAAUUACGUGAGAAAUGUUUCGGUCCGGCACUCGCAUCAAAGGCGCGUCAACAAAUUUUCCAAAAUAAUUCGCUCGAAAACUCCCCGAUCCAUCGGAGUCACGGUUCAUUAGCUCAAAGUGUUCUCAGUACGCCAAAAACGCCUCCAGCGACAUAUCGCCAAAAGGUUCAACUCACGUACAACAGUUUGCCGCGUCAAAUGGUGUCAAAUUGCAUCGAAAAUAACGUGGAAAAGGAGCGAAAAAAUGUCGCCUUUGCCGAUGCCGACAAAUAUAUCGAGAGCAAUAACGGCGAACGGAGAAGUCGAACCCCGACACAAUCGCCCAUCAAUGCAAGUAAAGAGAGUAAGGGCGUAAAAGGAGGGUUAAAAAGCAUUUUUGGCAAGAUGAAACGCAGCGGAAGUGGAAAUUUGGAAGAUUUAUCGCCGCCAAACGGGGAUGAUUUCAAGCGGGGAGGUGUUCGAGCAACAGCUGGUCCUCGUUUAGGCUACAAUUUCGCCGUGAAAAAGUCAGAUAAAGCCUUUAAAGACUACGACACGGAAGAUAUUUGUGCCUGGCUUGAAGAACUAGGACUGGAAGUGUACAUUGACGACGCUAAAAGAUGGUUGAAACAAGGCGCAAGCGAAUUAAUUGCCGCUGGACCUGAAAAAAUCGAAAAAGAAUUGAACUUGAAGUCGCCGUUGCACAAAAAGAAACUCGUACUUGCCUUGGCAGACGUUACAAAUCAAGAAACAGACGAACUUUUCAAAAAUGCGGGGAAAUUAGAUCUUCAUUGGGUCCUCAGAUGGCUCGAGGAUAUCGGUUUGCCGCAAUAUAAAGACACAUUCACAGCUGCCAAGAUGGAUGGGCGCAUGUUACAUCGCCUGUCGAUGGAUGACUUGACCCAUUUGCAUAUUUCGUCGUGUUUGCAUGUCGCAAGUUUACGUCGCGGAAUCCAGUUGAUGCGACUUAAUGCGUGGAAUGAUGAGGUUUUGAUACGAAGAUCGGGAACGGAUAGCGAUGAUCGCGAUAAAGUUCAACUUUGGACAGCGCAUCGGGUUUGGGAUUGGUUGAGAGUUGUCGAUUUGGCGGAAUAUGCGCCGAAUUUGAGGGGAGCAGGCGUUCAUGGGGCAUUGAUGAUGUACGAACCGAAAUUUACGUCGGAGUUGUUGGCUGAUUUACUUAGUAUUCCGCCGAGUAAGACGCUGUUGAGACGUCAUUUGAGCACGCACUUUAAAGAGCUUUUGGGUAGAGAUGUGAUUCAGAUUAAGCGAGAUGCCGAAAAUACUCUGGGAUAUCAACCGUUGACUUUAUACUCAAAAAUUAAGAAAAAAUCACAAUUCUCCUUGAUCCGAAAGCGCAGCUUCAAAGGUUCCAUUAACGAAACCGACACAUCCGAACUCGUUUGCCCAAUGACGGACUCCUCAGACGAUGAUAUUAGUCAAGCAAGAGAAAAAGAACUAAGCAAAGAUAAAUCUAGCCGCAUGAAAAUGACUGGAUGUUUAUCGCCGCAGUAAGUGUCUUUGUUUUUGCCUAUAAAUAUUUUUUUUUUUUAUAAAAUUUAUCAAGACAAAAGUUGUAAAUUUCGCAAAUUAUUAAGAAACAAAGUAUAAAGACGUACUUUUAACAUCAAAAAAUUUGUAAACUAGAAUAGGACAAUCCUGUUAUUAUUAAUAAUAUUACAUAUUUAUAAAAUUUAAGAGCAUUUAUCAGCAUAAAUUGUGCCAAAUUUUACAAGAAAAGAGAUAAAAUUUCAUAUUAAAGUUAAUGAAUUUUGAAUUUGUGUUGUGUAUUUAUAUUGGAAAUUAUAAAAAAAUAUUAACUGAAGAUAAUAAUUAAUUAAUUAAAAUCAUCACGAGUUGUUCUUGUUCUUCUAUUUUGAAAUUUGAAUUAAAGAAACCUUUAAAAAAACACAAAUCCAUUAAAUUGGGUCCAAAUACACAGGUACCAAUGUUUGCCUUGCAAAAUUACUAUUCAAGUCUGAGCAGAUUCGGUUUCCUAUUUAUAAUAUAUUUAAUAAAAUAUACAAGCUUUUUGAAAAAUAAAUAAAUAAAGUUUAUGUAGUUGCAGUCAUGUGUUGA